GCAAAACACACUGUUAAUGAACCAUACCUGUAAGCAAACUAAUCUAGCAUUGAAUAGCUUUCAGAAAUGGAGAUUGGCUUAGCAGUUGGUGGUGCAUUUCUAUCUUCAGCUUUGAAUGUUCUCUUUGAUAGGCUUGCUCCUCGGGGUGACCUGCUCAAGAUGUUUCAGAGGCAAAAGCAUGAUUUUCGACUCUUAGAGAAGCUGAGGAGGACUUUGUGUGGUUUCCAGGCUGUGCUAAGUGAUGCAGAGAAUAAGCAGGCAUCAAAUCCAAACGUGAGUCAGUGGCUUAAUGAACUUCGGGAUGCUGUGGACAGUGCUGAAAACUUAAUCGAAGAGGUCAAUUAUGAAGUAUUGAGACUUCAAGUGGAAGGUCAGCAUCAAAAUCUUUCAGAAACAAGCAAACAACAAGUAAGUGACCUGAACUUGUGUUUGAGUGGUGAUUUUAUUAUUAACAUAAUGGAGAAAUUGGAAUACACCAUUGAAACGCUGGAGGAGUUGCAAAAGCAAAUUGGUCACCUUGGCCUAAAAGAGUAUCUUUAUUCAGUUAAACAAGAAACUAGAAGACUUUCAACUUCUGUGGUUGAUGAAUCUGAUAUCUUUGGUAGGCAGAAUGAAAUAGGGGAAUUGAUCGACCGUAUAUUGUCGGUUGAUGCAACUGGAAACAAACUGACUGUAAUUCCUAUUGUUGGAAUGGCUGGGAUUGGCAAAACAACACUUGCUAAAGCUGUUUACAAUGAUGAGAAGGUGAAAGACCAUUUUGAUUUGAAAGCUUGGUUUUGUGUGUCUGAACCAUAUGAUGCUUUUAGAGUAACAAAAGGGUUACUUCAAGAAAUUGGCAUAAUGGUUGAUAACAAUCUUAAUCAGCUACAGGUCAAAUUGAAGGAAAGCUUAAAGGGCAAAAAAUUUCUUAUUGUUCUGGAUGAUGUUUGGAAUGACAACUAUAAUGCAUGGGAUGACUUGAGAAAUCUUUUUGUUCAAGGAGAUGCAGGAAGUACGAUCAUCGUGACGACACGUAAGAAAAGUGUUGCCAAGACAAUGGGUAAUGAGCACAUAAGGAUUGAUACUUUGUCUAGUGAUGUCUCUUGGUCUUUAUUCAAAAGACAUGCAUUUGACAACAUGGAUCCUAAUGAGCAUCUAGAACAUGUAGAAGUCGGGAAACAAAUCGCAGCUAAGUGCAAAGGAUUGCCCUUAGCUCUAAAGACGCUCGCUGGCAUGUUGCGCUCCAAACCAGAGGUUGAAGGGUGGAAACGUAUUUUGAGAAGUGAAGUAUGGGAGCUACCCGACAAUGGCAUCUUACCAGCGUUGAUGUUGAGCUAUAACGAUCUUCCUCUACAUUUAAAACAAUGUUUUUCCUACUGUGCAAUAUUUCCGAAAGAUUAUCCAUUUCGGAAAAAACAAGUCAUUCAGUUGUGGAUUGCUAAUGGUCUAGUACAGGGGCUGAAAAAAGAUGAAACAAUUAAAGAUUUAGGCAACCUAUUCUUUCUCGAGUUGCAAUCAAGGUCACUUUUCGAAAGGGUCCCAGAGUCUUCUAAAAAUAAUGCAGAGAAAUUCUUAAUGCAUGACCUUGUCAAUGAUUUGGCCCAAGUUGCGUCUUCAAAACUUUGUGUUAGGUUGGAAGAGUACCAAGAGUCUCAUAUGUUGAAACGAAGUCGACACGUGUCCUAUUCAAUGGGCUAUGGUGACUUUGAAAAGUUGGAACCUCUCUACAAAUUGGAGCAGCUGAGGACAUUACUUCCAAUCUACAGUAUCGAGCUAUAUCGUUCUUCUCUAAGCCAGAGGGUGUUGCAUAACAUAUUUCCAAGACUAACAUCCUUAAGGGCAUUAUCAUUGUCUCAUUAUCAUAUCAAGGAGUUACCAGAUGUCUUGUUUAUCAAAUUAAAACUCCUAAGAUUUUUGGACCUUUCUUUGACAGAGAUAAAGCAGUUACCAGAAUCCAUUUGUGUACUUUAUAAUUUAGAGACACUUCUCUUGUCAUCUUGUGAAUUCCUUGAGGAGUUACCGCGGCAGAUGGAGAAGUUGAUAAAUUUGCGUCACCUUGACAUUAGCGGCAGCUCUCGCUUGAUGAUGCCACUACAUUUGAGCAAGUUGAAAAGCCUCCAUGUGUUAUUGGGAGCUAAAUUUCUUCUAGGUGAUCCCAGUGGUUCGAGAAUGGAAGAUUUGGGUGAACUAUGCAACUUGUAUGGAACUCUAUCAAUUCGACAGUUGGAAAAUGUGGCGGAUAGAAGGGAAGCUUUGAAGGCAAACAUGAGAGGAAAGGAACAUAUUGAAAAGUUAUCAUUGGAGUGGAGUGUAAGUAUUGCGGACAGUUCACAAAAUGAAAGAGACAUACUAGGUGAGAUUCAUCCAAAUCCAAACAUAAAAGAACUUGAGAUCAACGGAUAUAGAGGGACAAACUUUCCAUAUUGGCUAGCUGAUUAUUCAUUUUCUGAGCUGGUGGAAUUGUCUCUAAAUAAUUGCAAGGACUGUUAUUCCUUGCCAGCAUUCGGCCAACUUCCUUCUUUGAAAUUCCUUUCAAUUCAAGGGAUGCAUCGAAUAAUAGAGGUGACUGAAGAAUUUUAUGGUAGUUCAUCUUCCAAAAAGCCUUUUAACUCUCUUGAGAAGCUUGAAUUUGCAGAGAUGCUGGAGUGGGAGCAGUGGCACGCACUGGGGAAUGGCGAGUUUCCUACACUUCAGGAACUUUCAAUUAAAAAUUGCCCUAAGUUGAUUGGAAAGUUGCCUGAAAAUCUCCGUUCGCUGAUAAAAUUGAAAAUUUCAAAAUGUUCGGAACUCAAUCUGGAGACACCUAUAGAAUUUUUAAGUCUAAAAAAGUUUGAAGUUGAAGGUUCUCCUAAGGUUGAAGUUCUUUUUGAUCAUGCUGAACUGUUUUUGUCUCAACUUCAGGGAAUGAAACAGAUAGUUGAAUUAGAUAUUUUCAAUUGUCACUCUAUUACCUCCUUACCAAUUAGCAUUCUGCCAAGCACCUUGAAGAGAAUAAGCAUAUAUGAUUGCAGGAAUUUGAAAUUGGAGACGUCAGUUAGUGAGAUGAUUUCUAGCGGAAGUGACAUGUUUCUUGAGAGUUUGACAGUAGAAGGAUGUGAUUCUAUAGAUGAGAUAUCACCUGAGUUGGUCCCAAGAGCACGCCAAUUGAGGGUAGAAAGUUGCCACAGCCUUACAAGGCUUCUGAUUCCCAAUGGGACUGAAGCUCUCAGCAUAAAUGGAAGGUUUCUUUUUCAUAAUAAAUGUGAGAAUCUUGAAAUACUUUCGGUGGCUCAAACGACAUUGUUGCGUACUUUGGAUAUUAUGCACUGCGAGAAGCUGAAGUCGCUGCCAGAACAUAUGCAGGAACUUGUUCCAUCUCUUAAGGAGCUAUUUCUGAAUAAUUGUCCAGAAAUAGAGUCCUUUCCUGAAGGAGGAUUGCCCUUCAAUUUAGAAGUCCUUAAGAUUUGGAAUUGCAAGAAACUGGUGAAUGGGCGAAAGGAGUGGGGUUUACAGAGACUCCCCUGUCUCACAGAGUUAACCAUCUACCAUGAUGGCAGUGACGAAGAGAUUCCUGCCGGUGAAAAUUGGAAGUUGCCUUGCUCUAUUCGACGAAUUACCAUACACAAUCUGAAAACAUUUAGCAACCAAGUUCUCAAAAGCCUAACCUCUCUUGAAUCUCUAUAUACUUAUAAUUUACCUCAAAUUCAGUCACUGUUGGAAGAAGGGCUUACCUCAUCUCUUUUUGAGCUUACAUUAGAUCGCCAUGAAGAGCUCCAUUCACUACCGACCGAAGGUCUUCGGCGCAUCACCUCGCUUCAACGUCUAGAUAUCAGGUUCUGCGAUCAACUCCAAUCUAUUACAGAAUCAGCACUGCCGUCUUCCCUCUCUAAGCUGGUCAUCGAGCAUUGCCCUAAACUUCAAUCUCUUCCAGUCAAAGGGAUGCCCUCUUCCAUCUCUGAACUAUCUAUUUACCGCUGCCCAUUGCUCAAAACACUCCUAGAAUUUGAGAAGGGGGAUUACUGGCCAAAUAUUGCUCACAUUCCCACCAUAAGAGUCGACGAGGAAUAUCUGUAAUGAUUAUAUCGAGUGGUGCUUUGAUAAAUGUAAGUUACUCUUUCUCUUUUUUAUCUCAACAACUUUUUAUUUUUGUUACUUCUCCAUGCUUGUUUUGUUAAAUCUUGUGAAGCAGUGUGGAGCUUAUAAUGCCAUUAUGAAGCCGAGGAAUCAUUUUCA